CUUCCCCCGUGGCCAGUGCGGGGUCUGCGGCUGCCCGGAGAGGUUCCGGCUUCCCCGGUGCUGGCAGGGGGAGCCCCGAGAACUGCAGGCCCGCCCCCCCUUCCUCCUCCUCCUUCUCCUCCUCCCCCACGUGUCCUCCCGGAGCCCAGCGGCCUGAUCCCAGCACCCCCCGCCACCUCCCUCCUCCUCUCGCUUCGCCCGCUUCCCCGGCGGCGUGGAGAAGAGCAAAGUUGCGACAGCGGCCGGGGGGCUCUGCCCAGGGUCGGCGUGGCCAAGGACGGCUAGUCUCUGAGGGAAAGUAGCCACCAGUCCAACUCGGGUCGCUCCCACUAUUACUUCGGGGGAGCGCGGCCACAGCAGGUCCUAUCUGGUGGUGAGCGGCUGUCAUGAUCUCGACAGCCCCGCUCUACAGCGGCGUGCACAACUGGACCAGUUCUGACCGGAUUCGCAUGUGUGGCAUCAACGAGGAGAGAAGAGCACCUCUUUCUGAUGAGGAGUCCACGACAGGUGACUGCCAGCGCUUUGGAUCUCAGGAGUUUUGUGUCAGCAGCAGUUUUUCCAAGGUGGAGCUCACGGCAGUUGGAAGCGGCAGCAAUGCCCGGGGGGCAGACCCAGAUGGCAGGACAGCAGAAAAACUUGGGCACAAGUCAGAAGACAAGCCUGACGACCCCCAGCCACAAAUGGACUAUGCUGGGAAUGUGGCUGAGGCCGAGGGCCUGCUGGUGCCGCUGAGCAGCGCCGGGGACGGCCUCGCGCUUCCUGCGGCUGACGGCGCUGCCGAGGCCAGCGACAGCACGGCCGACUGCUCCUGGGCUCCCCUCAGCACCCAAAUGAGCAAGCAGGUGGACUGCUCAGCAGCGGGGGUAAAGGCUCUGGACUCUCGGCAUGGCGUGGGGGAGAAGAAUACUUUCAUUCUGGCCACUCUGGGAACUGGAGUCCCUGUGGAGGGAACCCUGCCUCUGGUGACCACUAACUUCAGUCCACUGCCAGCGCCCAUCUGCCCCCCUGCUCCCAGUUCGGCUGCCGUCCCCCCGUCUGUUCCGGAUCCGUUCCAGGUUCCCCUCUCCGUCCCCACCCCGGUGCCCCACUCUGGGCUAGUUCCCGUCCAGGUUGCCACUUCAGUUCCGGCCCCUUCCCCUCCCUUAGCCCCGGUCCCGGCUCUGGCCCCGGCACCACCGUCGGUGCCCACGCUCAUCUCUGAUUCGAACCCCCUUUCAGUUUCGGCCUCAGUCCUGGUGCCUGUGCCAGCUUCGGCUGCCCCCUCGGGACCCGUUCCCCUGUCGGCUCCAGCCCCUCCCCCCCUCUCAGUCCCAGUAUCAGCUCCUCCCUUGGCUCUGAUCCAGGCUCCUGUGCCCCCUUCAGCUCCAACCCUGGUCCUCGCGCCUGUCCCCACACCAGUUCUGGCUCCCAUGCCGGCGUCCACGCCUCCAGCGGCUCCCAACCCUCCGUCAGUGCCGAUGCCCACCCCGACUCCGUCCUCCGGCCCGCCCUCAACCCCCACCCUCAUCCCCGCCUUUGCUCCUACACCCGUGCCCGCUCCCACCCCAGCCCCGAUCUUUACUCCAGCCCCCACGCCCAUGCCGGCGGCCGCACCAGCUGCCAUUCCCACCUCUGCGCCCAUGCCAGCCUCUUUCAGUCUGAGUCGAGUAUGUUUUCCUGCAGCUCAGGCACCAGCUAUGCAAAAAGUCCCCCUGUCCUUUCAGCCAGGGACAGUACUGACCCCAAGCCAGCCGCUGGUAUAUAUCCCACCUCCGAGCUGUGGGCAGCCGCUCAGUGUGGCCACACUGCCAACCACCUUGGGGGUCUCCUCCACUCUUACACUGCCUGUCCUGCCUUCCUACCUUCAGGACAGGUGUCUCCCUGGUGUGCUGGCCUCCCCAGAGCUCCGGUCUUACCCAUACGCGUUUUCUGUGGCCCGGCCUCUGACUUCAGAUUCCAAGCUGGUCUCUCUGGAGGUGAACAGGCUUCCCUGUGCGUCCCCAUCCGGCAGCACCAGCACCCAGCCUGCGCCCGAUGGGGUCCCUGGGCCUUUGGCAGAUACUUCCCUCUCUACUGCUUCUGCCAAGGUGCUUCCAACCCCACAGCCUUUGCUGCCAGCCCCCAGCGUGAGCUCGGCCCCAACGCACCCUGCCAAGGUGCCAGGUGGUGGUGAGCAGCAAGCAGAAGGGACUUCCGUCACCUUCUCUCCCCUCAAGUCACCUCCACAGCUGGAGCGAGAGAUGGCCUCUCCACCUGAGUGCAGCGAGAUGCCCCUCGACCUCUCCUCCAAGUCCAACCGCCAGAAGCUUCCAUUGCCGAACCAACGCAAGACACCCCCCAUGCCCGUGUUGACCCCCGUGCACACCAGCAGCAAGGCCCUCCUCUCCACGGUCUUGUCAAGGUCUCAGCGCACAACCCAGGCUGCCGGUAGCAAUGUCACCUCAUGCCUGGGCUCCACUUCCUCGCCCUUCGUCAUCUUUCCCGAGAUCGUGAGGAAUGGAGACCCGAGCACCUGGGUGAAGAACUCGACUGCGCUGAUCAGCACCAUUCCUGGCACCUAUGUGGGAGUGGCCAACCCGGUGCCUGCCUCCCUGCUGCUGAACAAAGACCCUAACCUGGGCAUCAACCGAGACCCCCGCCAUCUCCCCAAGCAGGAGCCCAUCUCCAUCAUCGAUCAAGGAGAGCCUAAGAGCUCCGGUGCCCCCUGUGGCAAGAAGGGCAGCCAGGCUGCGACUGAGGGACAGCCAAGCACAGUCAAACGUUACACCCCAGCCCGCAUCGCCCCUGGGCUGCCGGGGUGCCAAACCAAGGAGCUCUCUCUCUGGAAGCCCACGGGGCCAGCAAAUAUUUACCCACGGUGUUCAGUCAAUGGGAAACCCACCAGCACCCAGGUCCUGCCUGUUGGCUGGUCACCAUACCACCAAGCGUCUCUGCUUUCCAUUGGCAUUUCCAGUGCCGGGCAGCUGACCCCCAGUCAGGGGGUGCCCGUAAGGCCCACCAGUGUUGUUUCUGAGUUUUCUGGUGUGCCGUCUCUUGGCCCCAGUGAAGCUGUGCACGGACCUCCCGAGGGGCAGCCGCGGCCUGGGGGCCCCUUUGCUCCAGAGCAGGGCACUGGCACAAAGAACAAAACUUGCCGGAUUGCUGCCAAGCCUUACGAAGAACAAGUCAACCCCGUCCUCCUGACUCUCAGCCCUCAGACGGGGACCUUGGCGCUGUCUGUCCAGCCUAGCAGUGGGGACAUAAAAGUGAAUCAGGGGCCUGAGGAAUCAGAGAGCCACCUCUGCCCCGACAGCACUCCGAAGAUAGAAGGUCCCCAGGGGGCUUGUGGCCUGAAGCUGGCAGGAGACACGAAGCCUAAAAACCAAGUGCUGGCCACCUACAUGUCCCAUGAGCUAGUCCUGGCCACCCCCCAGAACCUGCACAAGAUGCCCGAGCUGCCUUUGCUACCUCAUGACAACCGCCCCAAGGAACUCAUCUUGGAUGUGGUCCCGAGCAGCAAGAGGGGCUCCAGCACAGAGCUUUCACAGCUUGGAAGCCAGGUGGACCUGGGACGGGUGAAAAUGGAGAAGGUGGAUGGUGACGUGGUCUUCAACUUAGCCACCUGCUUCCGGGCCGAUGGCCUCCCAGCAGCUCCCCAGAGGGGCCAAGCUGAAGUUCGGAAUAAGGCCGGGCAGGCCCGAGUGAAACAGGAAAGCGUAGGUGUCUUUGCUUGCAAGAACAAGUGGCAGCCAGACUCGGUGGUGACCGAUGGGGUGACCGAAUCUCUGCCGCCCAAGAAGAUGAAGUACGGCAAAGAGAAGGAUGGUGAGGAGCAGCAACCACAAGCCAAGGUCACAGCUCGGAGUUCCCACGGACCCAAGUGCCGGAAGCCGCCUAGUGACCCCCAGGAACCCACCAAGAAAAGCCCCAGGGGGGCUUCAGAUUCAGGAAAAGAGCACAAUGGAGUCAGGGUAAAGCACAAGCACCGGAAGCCAGCAAAGCCGGAUUCCCAGUCUCCAGGAAAGCGAGCUGAUGGCCACGAGGAAGGUUCCUUGGAGAAGAAAGCAAAGAGCAGUUUCCGUGACUUCAUCCCCGUGGUUCUGAGCACGCGGACGCGCAGUCAGUCUGGAAGCAUCUGUAGCUCCUUUGCUGGUAUGGCAGACAGUGACAUGGGAAGCCAGGAAGUCUUCCCCACAGAGGAGGAAGAAGAUGUGACCCCCACCCCGGCUAAGCGUCGCAAGGUGAGAAAGGCCCAACAGGACACCCAGUAUCGCAGCCACCAUGCCCAGGACAAGACUCUGCUGAGCCAGGGCCGCCGGCACCUGUGGCGAGCCCGAGAAAUGCCCUGGAGGACUGAGGCUGCCCGGCAAAUGUGGGACACCAAUGAGGAGGAGGAGGAGGAGGAAGAAGAUGAGGAGGAGGGCCUGGUGAAGAGGAAGAAGCGGAGACGACAGAAGAGCCGAAAAUAUCAGACUGGGGAGUACCUGACGGAGCAAGAAGAAGAGCAGCGGCGGAAAGGGAGAGCAGAUUUAAAGGCCCGUAAGCAGAAGACUUCCUCCCAAAGUUCGGAGCACCGCCUCAGGAACAGGAACCUUCUCUUGCCCAACAAAGCCCAGGGGAUCUCGGAUUCACCAAACGGUUUCCUCCCAAAUAACCUGGAGGAGCCAGCCUGCCUUGAAAAUUCAGAAAAGCCAUCAGGAAAACGAAAGUGCAAGACCAAGCACAUGGCAAAUGUCUCAGAAGAGGCCAAGCUCUUUCCAGCUCCAGAGCAGGGAUCCCUGAGUGGCACUGGCAAAAGGCGGGAGACCCAGGUGCUCGUCUCCCCCUCCUUUUCCCUUCCCCCUCCUGGAAUCUGGUUCCAGCUCAAACAAGGUACUCAAGCCUAUUUCCUCAUCUUUAAAAAUGGAGAUGAUACUCCAUGUCCUUUCCAUCUCACAAGGGUGCUUGGGGGAACAAAGGAGGCAACGGAUGUAAAAGGCUUUGAUCACCGUAAAGUGCUCUUUGAGGUUGGUGUACAUUCUUGAGCUUCGGGUCGAGGCAAGGAUGGGAGGACAGAGGCCCGGAGUGGCAAGGUAGUAUGACCAUUCCCUCAGACCCCCGGAGGGGGCGGGGCCAGGGGAAUAAAGAAGUCUGGUCUGUGCUGAGGGCUCCGUUCACGUGGUCGUUCUAAAUUCCCACAGUGGCUGUUAGAGGUAGGCACUGUAGUCCUUGUUUUAUGGUGAGGAAACCGAGGCUCCGGGAGGCUAAGGGACUGGCACGAGGUUACUCGGGGUCACGAGUGACAGAGUCAGGACGGGAAGCAGGCCUCACUGCCUCAGCUCUUCCCGUGUGCCUCCACCCGGUCAAUGGGUGGCUUCUGUCUGUAUCCAGGAGACGCUGGGGCGGGGAGCAGCCAGGCAGGGACACACUGCGACACUGAGAGGCUCUGGUGAAAGGUGGGCGUCCCCCUCCUCUCCCCCCGGCUCCUCCCCAGACACUCAGAUGGCCCUGUCCCACACAAAGGUGACUGGCUGCCUGACAUUCAGCAACACACGCUCAGAGUUGUGUCUGGUUAUUCCGCCUGGCAGUGUGUCUGCAGAAAUGUUCCUCCCAGAGAGGUUUUGUCCCUUCACAGGGCCUCCCUUUCUCCCUCCCGCCUUUCUUUCUCUCCCAGUCACCACCACCUGCUCUGGAUGCCCCCAUGGCAUGGUGCUUUGUAGUGGGAAGCGGGGCGGGGGGAGGGUGGGAGACGUGCCUGCGACACUAAAGCUAGGGCAUUGGCCAAAGGCUUCUUCCCACAGGGGCUCUGAGCCAGGGAGGAAGAGGGGAGGGGGCCCCCAUUUGUUCUUGCUCCUCCCCCUCAGGCAGCCUCGCUUGUCUCUGGCGGCUCUUGCCCCCGGAAGGAGAGUCACCCUUUGGCUCCUGGCUUGGCUUAGCAAAAACCUAGGCACUUUACCCAGCAUCCUCCAGUAGUGCCAUUUUCUACCUCUGUCCUCAUGGUAGUAGAGCACCACUCUACACUCCUCGGCAGUGCCUUCCUGCUAGUGACUGAACCUCUCUGCCCUUAGGGGAUGGGGAUGGAUAGCAGCUCUGGUGGUCUGGGGAUUUACCAGAGGAGACAAAUGCCCUGGGCUCUGGUCUUUUCCCUGCUGCCAUCCCUUCCUGGGCUUCAUGAUUUUCUAGGUAACUUUUCAGUCUGCCCAGGGCUCUGCACAGAGCUGGCUUGAAUUAGGUCAACAAAUAUUUGUUGUGAUGAUGUGUCCAGCCCUGAGUGAAGUGCUGUAAGAAAUAAAAGUGAAGAUGACAGUACGAACCCUGCCCCAAAGGAGCCUCAAACCUAACAGGGGAGGCCAGACUUGCCCAUGAAAUAGUAGGAGGAAGUCAAAAGUCUGGCAUCAAGUACCAGGUUAUUUGUUUCAGGCUAGGUGCCCUGGAUAUGUGGAGAAGGAAAGCUAGAGUAUUAUAGAAUGUUACAGAAGACAUAGGAUUUCCGUGAGACCUUGGUAAUACUCUGAAGGAUUUGGAUAAGUGGUAUGUAUUAGUUGUCUCUUGUGGUCUAACAGAUUACCCUCAAACUUAGCUCAAUGCAACAGCAAACAUAUUAUCUCCCACAGCUUCUGGUGGUCAAGGGUUCAUGAGCAGCUUAGCUGGGUCUGGCUUGGGGUCUCCCAUGAGGUUGCGGUCAAGGUGUCAGCCAGGGCUCCAUUAAACCGAAGGACUGACUGGGGCAGGAGGGUCCGUUUCCAGUGGGGCUCCCUCACAUGGCUGGUCAUUGGCAGGAGACGCCUCUUUACCUUGCCCUGGGGGCCUCUCCAAAGGACUGCUUGAGUGUCCUCAUGACAUGGCAGCUGAUUUCCCCCAGAACAAGUGAUCCAAAAGAGAGAAAGGCUGAAGCCACAUUGUCUUUCAGGAAGUGGCCUUGGAAGUCAAACACUGUCACCUCUGCACUCUCCUGUUGGCUACACAGGUCAGCCCUGUCCAGUGCACGAGGGGGCUACAUGAGAGCACAAAUAUCAGGAGGGGUCAUCAGGGGCCAUCUUAGAAUCUGAUGAGGGCAAAGUCUGCCCUCUGGUCGCCCAAUGAUUCAUGUCCCUCCCCACACGCAAGGCAGACCUACCUCUCCCAAGGCCCUCCAAAGUCUUGUCCAGUUAUGACAUCAGCUCCCAGUUUAUUUUUAUUUUUUUUAAUUUUAUUUAUUAGAGAGAGUGAAUGAGUGAGAGCACGAGUGGGGGUGGGGGGAGAGGCAGAGGGAGAAGCAGGCUCCCUGCUGAGCGGGGAGCCAGACUCGGGGCUCCAUCCCAGGACUCUGAGAUCAUGACCUGAGCUGAAGGCAGACGCUUCACCGACUGAGCCACCCAGGUGCCCCCAGCUCCCAGUUUAGAAUCUCACCAUCUAACUUAGGUCCAGGUGCAAAUGAGGCUCCUUGGGUCUGGUUCCUGGAGCUCAGUUCCUCGAACACAGUUCCUCUAACACUCCCCACAUGAAGAGCCCACAAGGGAGAAAGUGAGGCUCAGAGAGGUUGGGCCUUAACCCAGGUCUUGUAGCUAAUGGGUGGCAGAGGCAAGAUACCAGACCUACGUCUGUCUGACUCUUGAGCCCGAGUGCUUUCCACCACCCAAGGCGGGCAUGAAUGUGAUCUAGGGCCAUGGUGUGGAGGAAGGUGGGAAGAGGCUGGGGUAGGUUAGAAGGCGAGUUUUUACCACAAGAGUGAAGGCCUUAGCAGCUGUGCCUCUUCAGUCAAAGAUAGCUGUCUCCACUUCUCUUUACUCUCAGUUUGCUUUGCUCAUUUAGAAACAGGACUUGUCAAAACCUCAGCAAAUGGGGAUUGAGGCAGGUAAAGAAGGCAAGUGGAGUGCUUGGGGGAAGCUUGGAUGUGCCCUCGGUCUCUGAUUUCGGAUCCCUUGGUCAUUCGUUGGUUUAUGUGGUUGAGGAUUUGAGCCCCUCCGCAUCUGCUGUUCGGGUGGGAGCGGAUGGGAGCCUGCGCUGAUCCAGGACCCCACCCCCCCAUCUCUGCU